AUGAGUCACGGCGAAGAGGUACUGGCGGUGUUGGAGCGGAAAGUGAUCCGUCAGGCGGUCGAGGCUGGACACGCUCAGAGGGGGUGCAGUCCCUCCUCUUUCCUCCUUUCCCACCCCCUUGCCACAGCACUAGAUGCAGGGCUAGACCUCUGCAAAACUGCUAUGAAUAUCAUGGUUCCCUUCAUGUUUAAAUAUGCUGUAGACAGCCUCAACCAGGUGUCGGGAAACAUGCUGAACCUGAGUGAUGCACCAAAUACAGUUGCAACCAUGGCAACGGCAGUUCUCAUUGGCUAUGGUGUAUCAAGAGCCGGAGCUGCCUUUUUUAAUGAAGUUCGAAAUGCAGUAUUUGGCAAGGUAGCCCAAAAUUCAAUCCGAAGAAUAGCCAAAAAUGUCUUUCUCCAUCUUCACAACUUGGAUCUGGCUUUCCACCUGAACAGACAGACAGGAGCUUUAUCAAAGGCUAUUGACAGAGGGACAAGGGGUAUCAGUUUUGUCCUGAGUGCUUUAGUAUUUAAUCUUCUUCCCAUCAUGUUUGAGGUGACCCUUGUCAGUGGUGUUUUGGAUUUUCUACAUAGACCAUCAGAUUUAAAAGAUGAUUCGGUGUCCUGUAUGCCACCACAGCCAAAGCCUCCUUUGGCCACACAGGCCUCAGUGGGCCUGUUCACUCCACCCACACCAAAGCCUCUGAUGGAAUCAGCCCUGGGCGCCACAGCUUGA